AUGUGGCUGGGAAAUCAGACAUAUCUGGCAGACUUCAUCCUCGAAGGGCUCUUCGAUGAUUCCCCAGCUCACCUUUUCCUCUUUGGCUUGACCAUGGUGGUCUUCCUUGUUGCAGUGAGUGGCAACACCCUCACCAUCCUCCUCAUCUGUGUGGAUCAUGGGCUUCACACACCCAUGUACUUCCUGCUCAGUCAACUGUCCCUCAUGGACCUGAUGCAUGUCUCCACAACCAUCCCCAAGAUGGCAACCAACUACCUAUCUGGCAAGAAGUCCAUCUCCUUUGUGGGCUGUGCCACCCAGCACUUUCUCUAUUUGUCUCUGGGUGGUGCUGAGUGUCUUCUGCUAGCUCUCAUGUCCUAUGACCGGUAUGUGGCCAUCUGUCAUCCUCUGCGUUACACUGUGCUCAUGAGCAGGAAGGUGGGUCUGAUGAUGGCUGUCACAUCAUGGUUGGGGGCAUCUCUGAACUCCCUAAUCCACACAGUCAUCUUGAUGCACUUCCCCUUCUGUGGGACUCGGAAAAUACACCACUUCUACUGUGAGUAUCCAGCUGUGGUGAAGUUGGUAUGUGGUGACGUCACCCUCUAUGAGACCACAGUGUACAUCUGCAGCAUCGUGCUUCUCCUCCUCCCUAUCAUCCUGGUUUCUACAUCCUAUGGCUUCAUCUUGCACAGUGUCAUUGAGAUGCGUUCAGCUGGGAGUAAGAGAAACGCCUUUGCCACUUGUAGCUCCCACCUCAUUGUGGUCUCACUCUGGUUUGGGGCCUGCAUCUUCUCAUAUAUGAGGCCCAGGUCCCAGCGCACUCCACUGCAAGACAAAGUUGGUUCUGUGUUCUACAGCAUCAUUACCCCCACCCUGAAUCCACUCAUUUAUACUCUCCGGAAUAAGGAUGUAGCUAAGGCUCUCAGGAGAGUGAUGAGGAGAGAGGUCACCUAG